AUGGCAAAAAUCCCCGCCGCUGUUGUUCCACUUAUUGUCGUGGCCGUUGUAUCGAUGUUGGGGAUUGUACUCUGGGUUAUGGAAGUCAGAAGGAUGCGCAUAGCUGCACACCGUCGUCAGAAUGAUGUGGCAUCUCCCCUACUGCAUACUCAAUCAUAUCUCGUGCCUCCGGAGGAGAAUUCGAUGGCUUUGAGUCCCAUUGAGGUUAUCGCUUCAGUAGAGCCCACGAGUCUUAUGGACCGAAUGCGAGAGGUGCAACGACUUAUGCUUCAAAUCCACGACAUGGAAAGACAACCUACCAGUUCCGAUAACCAAGCAAAGAUUCAGGAACUUCACGGUCGCAUCACAGAGCUCAGUGAUGUAUCUGAUGCCUCAAGAGUCCCGCCACUUUUAACACCUCAGGCAGCUUCCAAAAACUCUUUUGGCCAGCCAGCUCCACAUUCUCUGGACGGACGUGACGACUGA